ACUUUGUGUUUAGCUGUUGAACAAUGGCUGGAAGUUGGUGUUUGGUUCGGAUUUUGUUGGUUUGUGCUUUUUGUAAUGCUGUUCCACAGUGGAGUAAAUCGCUUCAGAUGGUCCAGCAAACUAACCAGCCGUUCCAGCCCCAGAAGCCAGUUCAUCAACUACCUAAACAUCAGUUUCCGUUCCAGAAGCCAGUUCAACAGCUAACUAACCAGCAGUUUCCUCUUCAGAAGCCAGUUCAACAGCUAACUAACCAGCAGUUUCCGCUUCAGAAGCCAGUUCAGCAGCUAACUAACCAGCAGUUUCCACUUCAGAAGCCAGUUCAACAGCUAACUAACCAGCAGUUUCCUCUUCAGAAGCCAGUUCAACAGCUAACUAACCAGCAGUUUCCGCUUCAGAAGCCAGUUCAACCGCUAACUAACCAGCAGUUUCCUCUUCAGAAGCCAGUUCAGCAGCUAACUAACCAGCAGUUUCCACUUCAGAAGCCAGUUCAACAGCUAACUAACCAGCAGUUUCCUCUUCAGAAGUCAGUUCAACCGCUAACUAACCAGCAGUUUCCUCUUCAGAAGCCAGUUCAACCGCUAACUAACCAGCAGUUUCCGCUUCAGAAGCCAGUUCAGCAGCUAACUAACCAGCAGUUUCCGCUCCAGAAGCCAGUUCAACAGCUAACUAACCAGCAGUUUCGGCUUCAGAAGCCAGUUCAGCAGCUAACUAACCAGCAGUUUCCGCUCCAGAAGCCAGUUCAACCGCUAACUAACCAGCAGUUUCCGCUCCAGAAGCCAGUUCAACCGCUAACUAACCAGCAGUUUCCGCUUCAGAAGCCAGUUCAACCGCUAACUAACCAGCAGUUUCCUCUUCAGAAGCCAGUUCAACAGCUAACUAACCAGCAGUUUCCGCUCGAGAAGCCAGUUCAACAGCUAACUAACCAGCAGUUUCCUCUCCAGAAGCCAGUUCAACAACUAUCUAAGCCGCAGAUUAUGAAGCCAGUUAAACAACAGUUUCCGAAGCCAGUAGUGCAGGCAGAGCCCUUUGAUAAAUGUGUUGUAGCUGACUUUGAGCAGAUCCAAUGUGGUCCACCUGGGAUCAGUGGUGCUGAGUGUGAGGCUAUCAACUGCUGCUUUAACGGACAGCAGUGUUUCUAUGGGAGGGCGGUGACUGUCCAGUGUAUUAGAGAUGGUCAGUUUGUGGUAGUGGUGUCUAGAGAUGUUAUUCUGCCUCGACUGAGUCUGGAUUCGGUUCAUCUACUGGGUGGAAAUGACCCACCUUGUGCUCCUGUGGGGUCCACACCUUCCUUUGUUAUAUACCAGUUCCCUGUGACCGCAUGUGGCACGAGCGUGAUGGAGGACAGCGGAUAUGUGGUGUAUGAAAACCGAAUGACCUCAUCGUAUGAAGUGGAGAUUGGACCGUAUGGUUCCAUCACAAGGGACAGUCAUUUUGAGUUUCUCUUCCAGUGUAGAUACUCAGGAACUUCUGUGGAAGCUCUGGUUGUGGAGGUCAACUCUGUUCCUCCACCUCCACCAGUAGCUGCUCCUGGACCUCUCAGGGUGGAGCUCAGACUGGCCAAUGGCCAAUGUGUCACCAAAGGCUGUGCUGAAGGGGAUGAGGCCUACACGUCCUACUACAGUGACGCUGAUUAUCCCAUCACAAAAGUCCUGCGGGAGCCGGUGUAUGUUGAGGUGCACAUUAUGGAGAGGACUGAUCCCAACAUUGUCCUAAUGCUGGGACAUUGUUGGGCGACUUCAACCCCCAAUCCACUCAGUCUCCCCCAGUGGGACCUUCUGAUCGACGGAUGCCCUUACCGGGAUGAUCGCUAUCUGACUACACUGGUUCCAGUGACUGGAUCGUCUGGACUUCAGUUCCCAACCCACUACAAGCGCUUCAUUGUGAAGAUGUUCACAUUUGUAGAUCCAGCAUCACUGGCUGCUCUGCAGGAAACCAUCUUCAUCCACUGCAGUACAGAGGUGUGCCAUCCAUCAUCUGGCUCUUGUGAGCAAAGCUGCACCAGAAAACGAAGAGACACCCAUAUCAAGGCUGUCUCUGGGGAGCAGACUGUGGUUUCUAGUGGAGAAGUUACUAUGGUCAUGAAAAUCUAGUGCUUUUAAUAAACUUUGCAGAACCUCGAGGUA